AUGAUCAGGCUGACUUUUUUACUGGUCUUGUAUCACUUUGAUGACUCUAUCGGCUUUCUUCUGGCCCCCGAAAGUCAUCUUCGGCACAGUAUUGCUGGAGGGAAUGUGUUGAUGGCAAAGAAACAAAGUGAGACCCUGGAAGUGACGGGAGAGACUCCGGCUGGAAUCGUCGGUGCAGAGUUUUUUGGUGGUAAUAAAGAGAAAGACGAAUUUUAUGUGCAAGCAGAAGAAGAUUCCGCAGCUAUCGACACCGAUGCGUCCUUCAAUCGUUUCUUUGUUGAUCCUUCGACACCAAGCUUAAUGUUUGAUUCUCUUCUAUCUGCAAAACUUGCGCACAGCUUGCAAAGUCAAAUAAACAACAUCCUUUACGAAAAGGCGAAUGCACCGAAUGUUGAAUACGGCUUUGCGACUGAUAUGAUAUGGGAAAGUCCAAUGCGAAAGGGGAGGACGUCACCUUUUGCCGAGUUGGAGGACGCUUUGGAUUUCUACAAGAAUGUUGAUUUGGCCAUUGUUUCUGGAAAGCAGUUGAACGAUAAUACACUAGAGUUUCAAUGGGAGCUGUCAGUUGUGUGGCCAGCUUUGUGGUCUCCCAGAGUUCAUUUGGUGGGGACUUCAGUUUGCAAAUUGGAUGGGAAUAAUAUGAUCUUUCAGCAGACGGACAAAUUGAUGGAUGACGCAGAUUUAGUAGGCCUUGUCUCCUCCCAGAUCAAACCUCGGUUUUGGGAUUUUUACCAUAUUGGAAUGACGCCUUCUGCUGAAUGCACACCGAAACUUCGGUUUCAAAGGAAAUGGGGAUACCAGGUGUACGAGAUUCCUCCUCGACUUGUCACUUCUCCUAGUAUGGUGGAAACUGGGACUCGCGAGGAUUACAAUGCCGAAACGGUGCCAAACCAUGCCUUUUCCUGUAUUAUCAAGACCAUGGGACCCAAUAGGCAGCGAUACGUUCCAACUUCCCCCGUGGAAGUGCAGAUUAUUCCUGGGGACGACCAACUGCAAUUUAAAUGGACGAUUCCUCUUGCAGCCGAGUUUCUGAAAAAUACAGAGCUACCUCUCGCAGGCACCGAUAAGGAGACCGAUUUGAUGUGUGAUCCACAGUGCAAAUAUGAGUUUCAUCAACGACGAAAAAUUGCUACAAUAAAUUACGGUGGUAAUCCACAAGAUACUGAUAUAGCAGAUGCCCGAAAGAGACUGUACGAGAAAGUGAUAACCGAUGGUUUGAAACCAAAACUUGGUGAAAAUGGAAGGCCGAUAUUCUUUUUUAUACAAAACAAUGUCAAGGCAUGCUUUACGUCAGAGGGCUUGGGGAUGUGCGUCUAUGAGUAUAGAUCCAAGGCAACAAAGCCAGAUGAAAUCGGAAUCGAACUAGAAUCCCAAUAG